AUGAACCAGAGAAUCUCUGGAAGGUGGAUGUUACGACUGCUGAUGCUAACUUUGGGUCUGAGCCUCGGUGUUUUGGACUCAGCCCUGGUGCAGAUACGCUACACUGUGCCAGAAGAGCAGGAGCGAGGAGCCUUUGUUGGAAAUAUCACCGAGGACCUGGGCUUGGAAAUUGCUGUGCUGUCCUUACGCAGAUUUAGAAUAGUUUCUAGUAUUAAAAAGCAGUAUUUGGCAGUCAAUUUGCAAAAUGGAAUUUUAUUUGUGAUUGAGAAGAUAGACCGAGAUGAAAUGUGUGAGCAAAACCCGACUUGUUUUUUCUAUUUACAGGUCGUCAUUGAAAAUCCUUUUGAACUCUAUAGGAUUGAAGUGGAAGUUCUGGAUGUGAACGACAACGCACCCAGAUUCCCUCAGAGCGAAUUAAGCUUGGAGAUAUCCGAGUCGUCUCUCACUGGCUCCCGCUUUCCACUGGACAGCGCACAGGACAUGGAUGUUGGCGUGAACUCUCUGAACACCUAUCUGCUCAGCGUUAACCAGCAUUUUGCGCUGGAGGUGCUGACACGCAGCGAUGGCACCAAGUUUGUGGAGCUGGUGCUGGACAGUCCACUGGACAGGGAGAAGCAGACGACGCAUCAAAUGGUGUUAACAGCAGUGGAUAGCGGCACCCCUGAGAAAUCUGGUACCAUCCAGAUCAUAGUAUUUGUGUUAGAUGCUAAUGACAAUGUUCCCGUCUUUGAUCGUUCUGUCUACCGGGUGAAGUUGUUUGAGAAUUCACCGCAGGGCACAACUGUCAUUAAGCUCAACGCUUCAGACAUGGACGAAGGUUCCAACGCGGUCAUCUCUUAUUCUUUCAGUGGGCACUCGCCGUUAAAAGUGCGUGAUUUGUUCGAAAUGGACUCUUCCACGGGUGAAAUCAGAGUAAAAGGAGUUUUAGAUUAUGAAAAGGCCAAAACGUACGAAAUAUAUGUCCAAGCUAAAGACAGGGGUCCGUCGGCAGUUGCCGUGUACUGCACGGUACUCGUCGAUGUUUUAGAUGUAAACGACAAUCGUCCAGAUGUUUUUCUUACUUCAGUCUCUAUGACCAUCCCAGAGGAUGCAUCUCCCGGCACGGUAAUUGCUGUCAUUAGUGUUAUGGACCGUGACUCUGGUGAAAAUGGGAAUGUGAUUUGUCACAUUCCCAGAAAUACACCUUUUGAACUUCUCAGCUCCUAUAAAAAUUACUACACACUGAUCACGAGCGAUUUCCUUGACAGGGAAAUUGUGGCCGAAUACAACAUCACGUUUAGCGCUAGGGAUCUGGGCACACCCUCACUCUCCACAACAACAAGAAUCUCAAUUCAAGUCUCUGACAUAAACGACAAUGCUCCUGUCUUUGCGCGUCAGGCAUACACGGUCUAUGUUACUGAGAAUAAUGUUCCGGGAGCUUCCAUUUUCUCAGUGACAGCAGUUGAUCCUGAUUGGGACUAUAAUGCUUGUUUGUCCUACUUUAUUUUGGGGGGUCAGAUUCAAGAUAUACCCGUGUCCAUUUACAUCUCAAUCAACUCAGCCAAUGGAGACAUCUAUGCAUUGCGCUCCUUUGACUAUGAGAAAUUCAGAAAGUUUCAGUUUCAAGUUCAGGUCCAAGAUGCUGGCUUGCCACCUUUGAGUAGCAACAUCAUGGUGAAUGUCUUUGUUUUGGAUCAAAAUGACAACGCCCCGAUCAUCAUAUCCCCCUUGCCCACCAAUGGCUCGUUCGCCACGGAGACUGUGCCCAGGUCAGCAGAUGCGGGCUAUCUAGUGGGGAAAAUUAUUGCGACAGAUGCGGACGCUGGGCAAAAUUCGCGUCUCUCCCACCAGCUUAUACAGGCGACAGAUCCAACAUUGUUUAGCCUUGCCCUGUACACAGGAGAAAUUAGGACAAUUCGAAGGCUAACAGACAAAGACGCCAGAAGACAAAGACUAAUAAUUUCGGUCAAGGAUAACGGUCAACCCGCCCUCUCGGCUACAAUUUCAAUUAUCGUGUCAGUGGUCGACAGCGUGCCAGAAUCCCUAUCUGAUCUGGACGACCUCUAUGUGGCUCCGCCACGAGCCGCUAGUCUUAUUCUGUACAUGAUUGUUUCCUGUGGUGCAUUUUCGUUAGUAUUACUUGUGGCUAUAAUCGUCCUGAACUCCAUUAAAGGAUACUGGAUCAGACACUCCACUGAAAGCCGCGACUCCAUCUGGGGAUUGUGCUGCGGGGUCGGAUCCGGAGACUCCAAUGAAAAUUGUGUUUGA